AUGACAACAGCCGAGAUUGACAAGGUCCUCAAGAAGGUUGCCGAGGGCGUCGAGACUUUUGAGGAAACACUGGAAAAGAUCGAAACAUCAACGAAUGUGAACCAGAAGGAAAAGUACGAGUCGGACCUCAAGAAGGAGAUCAAGAAGCUUCAAAGGCUUCGCGACCAGAUUAAGACAUGGAUCUCCUCCAACGACAUCAAGGACAAGCGCGCCCUCAUGGACAACCGAAAGCUUAUUGAACAGCAAAUGGAGAGGUUCAAGGCGAUCGAAAAAGAGAUGAAGACAAAGGCGUAUUCCAGGGAAGGCCUGAUCAUGUCUGGGCGCAUGGAUCCAAAGGAGAAAGAAAAGGCAGAAACAUGUUCCUGGGUGACAGAGCGGGUGGAAGCAUUAGCGAUCCAGAUCGAGGCCCUGGAGGCCGAGGUCGAGACUCUGCAGGCAGGCGCAAAAAAGGGCAAGAACAACCCAGCCAAGGAGAGGAUAUCGGAUCUCGAGGACAAGAUCGAGCGGCACAAGUGGCAUCAAGGACGUCUGGAACUGAUCUUGAGGCUACUGGAGAACGGCCAAAUCGAAACAGACAAGGUUCUAGGGAUUCAGGAGGAUGUCAACUAUUAUGUGGACGAAAACUUGGAUCCUGACUUUGCAGAGGACGAGGAAAUCUACACGGAUCUCAAUCUGGAAGAAGAAGAGGACUACUUUACAGUGGGAACAGACGACCAUUUGCACGACCAUGACGACGACAAGCACAGCGAAUCUCACGAAUCAGUACCAUCAAAAAAGAUUGUCAAGGAACAGCACGAGCCAGAACCCUCGCCCACAAAAGUAGCAGUCAAGCCUAUACCAACCAAAAAGGCAUCGAUGUCAGAAACAAAAGAGACGAAACCUGUACCUGCAGCCAGUCCGGCAACGGCAAAAGCAACGCCUGUCAACGUACCACCAAGUCGACAACCUACACAGCCUCGAGCAGGAUCAGUGGAAUCACCCGUCAUCCAGUAUGCGACGGCGGUGGCUGCCAACUUGCCAGCAGAAACGCCGCGUACUGCUCCAUCGGCGUCACCCAGUGCCGCACCAGCCACCCUCAAAAAGGAUUCGCCGCAACCAGCAAAUAUCACAGCCAAGGUGGAAACGGCAUCUCCCCAACCAGCAGCUGCAACUGCACCAGUACCGGCUUCAUCAGCGCCAACAGCAACCAUGUCAGCGUCUCCCACGCCGGCUGUAGCAGAAGUAUCAUCACAAGGUGCAAAGACUGGAUCUCCUACAGUGGCACCGGCUUCCAAAGCGUCAACAGCUGCAUCCAAAGAACCAUCCACCUCUGUAUCAACAACUGAGUCAUCAGCAACCAUGGCCGGCAGCUUAGCACCAGUACUGGUCACGAUAGAGGACAAUCAAAUGGAUGGUGCGUCAGGACAGCAGGCAUCGACAUCGACAGCACAGGCACUUUCUGCAGGAGAGCCAGAGAUUCGUCUCCCAGCGGCAUUGGCAGAUCUUGCACACAGCUUUGAGGUGUCCAAGGAGCGCGCGAUGACCAAGGAAGUCGGAUUCUUUGUCCACCAGAUGUUGGAAGCAAGUUACCAGUUCAUCCCCGAAGCUGGCGACACCGAGAGGCCUAAGGCACCCAAGAACCCAUAUCCAACACCAUCGUACUAUCCUCAAACACCACCACCAGGACUCUUUGAGAACCCCGCCACUUUCGAAAAGUUCGAUAUCGACACCCUCUUCUUCAUCUUUUACUACCAGCAAGGAACAUAUCAACAGUUCUUGGCUGCAAGGGAAUUGAAGAAGCAAUCGUGGCGAUUCCACAAGAAGUACCUGACGUGGUUCCAGCGUCACGAGGAGCCCAAGGCGAUCACGGAUGACUAUGAGCAAGGAACCUACAUCUAUUUUGAUUAUGAGGGAGCCUGGUGCCAGCGCAAGAAGACCGAUUUCCGCUUCGAGUACAAGUUCCUGGAGGAUUCUGAUCUUGUCUAA